UCCACCCUCCUGUGCCCUCUCCACCCCUUCCCCUCCCCCCAUGUGACCUUACACUCCUAUUGUCCUAAACUGGUGAUUCAGGCCUUUCAGCCCUUUGCAGAACUUUGGCCCUUUGGAGGCAGGGCAGUCAGCAGGGGGAGGUCUAGCCCCCAGCUCUAUUUCUGAGUGGCUUAACUGGCUCCAACCGCCCAAUCUGCCCUGAUCAGAUGGAAGCGCCCGGGGCUAUUUCCCUGCAGCUGGGAGUCAAUGCACUGUGUGCUCUAAAGCUGCGUCUGCCCUUGGGGCUGCCCACUCCCUCUUCUGAUCCCCUGGGCGGGGGAGAGACCUAUCUAAGCAGGGCCUGGACUACAUCUCCCAGCGUGCCUGGCAGAGUGGUGGCCUCUGUGCGUCGGCUGCACCAGUUGCGGGCAACAAUGCAGUGGGCUGGGAGCAUGAUGUCCCGUCUGCGCUCGUGUCUCCAGGCGCUCCCCUCGGCCCUGCGCCGUUCUCUCAGUAGUGCACAGGACGUGCUCCGCAGGACACCACUCUAUGACUUCCACCUGGCCCAUGGCGGGAAGAUGGUGGCAUUCGCAGGCUGGAAUCUGCCUGUGCAGUACCGGGACAGCCACGUUGACUCACACCUGCAUACACGCCGGCACUGCUCGCUCUUUGACGUGUCCCACAUGCUGCAGACCAAGAUAUUUGGCCAUGACCGGGUGAAGCUGAUGGAAAGUCUAGUGGUUGGAGAUAUUGCAGAGCUAAAGCCAAACCAGGGAACACUGUCGCUGUUUACCAAUGAGGCUGGCGGCAUCUUAGAUGACUUGAUUGUGACCAACACCUCUGAGGGACACCUGUAUGUGGUGUCCAAUGCUGGCUGCUGGGAAAAGGACCUGACCCUCAUGCAGGACAAGGUUAGGGAGCUUCAGAACAUGGGCAGCGAUGUGGGCCUGGAGGUGAUGGAUAAUGCCUUGCUAGCCCUGCAAGGCCCCACUGCGGCCCAGGUGCUACAGGCUGGCGUGGCAGAUGAUCUGAGGAAACUGCCCUUCAUGACCAGUGCUGUGAUGGAGGUGUUUGGUGUGUCUGGCUGCCGUGUGACCCGCUGUGGCUACACAGGAGAGGAUGGUGUGGAGAUCUCAGUGCUGGCAGCAGAGGCAGUCCGCCUGGCAACAGCUCUGUUGGAAAACCCAGAGGUGAAGCUGGCAGGGCUGGCGGCCCGGGACAGCCUGCGCCUGGAGGCAGGCCUCUGCCUGUAUGGGAACGACAUUGACGAACACACCACACCUGUGGAAGGCAGCCUCAGUUGGACAUUGGGGAAGCGCCGCCGAGCUGCUAUGGACUUCCCAGGAGCCUCGGUCAUUGUUCCCCAGCUGAAGGGCAAGGUGCAGCGGAGGCGUGUGGGGUUAAUGUGUGAGGGGGCUCCUGUGCGGGCGCACAACCCCAUCCUGAGUACAGAGGGUACUGUGCUUGGUGCUGUGACCAGUGGCUGCCCCUCACCCUGCCUGAGGAAGAAUGUGGCGAUGGGUUAUGUGCCCUAUGAGUACAGUCGGCCAGGUACCCUGCUGCUUGUAGAGGUGCGGCGAAAGCAGCAGAUGGCCAUGGUCAGCAAGAUGCCCUUUGUGCCCACAAACUAUUAUACCCUUAAGUGAGGAUGACUUGGAGCAGGGCCCUCUCCUCCAGGAGCCUUACCCUGGAGGGCAUUCUACAAGGGGUUAGUCAGGAAGCUGAGGCAGAACACACUUGGGGUAGGUGGCUAGGUGGAGGCUGGUACUGGUUGUCUGGGUGACAGGGUCACACCACCUAUUCCCACUUCAUCCUGUGCCACUUGCAACUUCAAGACCCCAUUUCUGAGUGACGGACCAGCCCACAGUCCCAUUGACCCCACUCUUGCCUGCUGGAGAAGCAUCAGUUCUGGCACCUCGCCCUUCCACUCUGCCAGGUGCUGCCUGUGGAGCAAAGGCUCACCUUUAGGGGGAGGAGAAAGCCUGCCCAACCUACCUCACCACGGUUUCUCACACUGCAAAGAGUCAUUACCUUGGGCAGUGCCGGCUACCUCCUCUGGUUCACUUCCCAUGAAUUCAAACUGUUGCCUCUUCCUGGGCAGGGAUGAUUCCUGACUCACAGAGGGUUGGCCUAGUAGGGCUGUGGUGCCCGUGUGUAAACUUGGGGAUGGCUGAGGUGGGCAUGGACUCAUUCUUCCACAUUCUCCAGUUGGCCCAGCCUGCUGCCCAGUAGCCAGCCAUGCCAGGCUCACCACCUGUUCUGAGCCCCAGGGCUGUUGUAGGGCAGGCUGGGCCUCCUCCCAGACUUGCCUUAUCCUGGGCUGACCUUCGUCCCUGGGACUUACUACUGGACUCCACUGACUCCUAAAAAAAAAUAAAACAUUAAAUGAGCUUCCUUCCUUCUUGCUU